AGAAUCUAAUAACAAUGUAUCUAGCAAACGUAUAUUGCAAUAAGAUGUUAGUUAAUAGUUUAUAAAGAUUUUAUCAGUUGAAACCACUGGUAUGAAGUUAAACUAGCUGAAAGUAUUUGCUCAACGAUGGCAAGAAAUAAAAACAGCAAAACUAUUAGAACCCAGUGGAUGAUAGUUCGAAAUCGAAUGCUUAGGGUUCAAAUAGAGCAAAAGAAAGAGAAGGAUAAGACAGAUCUAAAGAUAUUUGCUGCUGUAGAAAUCCUCGUCACCUCUACGACCACAAACAUAAUCCAGAUUGGACUCUAUAAUCCGGAAACUAAAGAAACCCUUCAAGUUUUCAUCAAGCAUCCGUUUAUUGAUAAACUCUCGUAUAAACAGAUUCCUAAAGCCAAGGAUAAUGAUGGAUGUUUAAAUGAAACAAUAUCUUCAGCAGCUCAAGUAUUUAAAUUUUUGUGUAAGCCGGCCAGGAAACAUAAAGUUUCCUUAGUCUUCUACAGCAAUGUUGAAUGUCAAGCUUUUGUUUUGUUCUUCUCCCAGUUCUCAUAUUUCAAGAUGCUGGUUCAAGGUGUUCUUGUGUAUCAGAAGUAUUUAGAGAGCACUGGUGCAUGGUUUAGACCUCUUCAUAAGAGAUUAAACCUGAAUAAACCUGCGAAAACAACCGAUAUUCUUGCCACUCAGCUCGCCCAGCUCUUUUCUCAGACAAACAUGAAUUCUCAAUUCCAAAACAUUAUUGGAAAAAGCAAUGAGCCUGAAGCGGAAAAUGCAGGUGGAGCUGGUAAUAUCCAGAUUUCAACACAAGUGAAUAAUGGUCAGAAUGAAGAGCCUGUUGUACAACCAAAUCAAGAGAAUGCUUCUUCAAAAUUUCAGAUUGAAGACCCUACAGUAAAACCUAUUACUAAGACUGCUUCUUCAAAACCCUGUGUUAUUAAUCAUAUUGAUGAGCAAAGAGCAGAACCUAUUCAUGACGGGGCUGUGUUUCAAGAAGGUGCUUCCGAGGUUCAUAAUUAUGAUAAUAUGAUUCAAGAAUGUAAGUUUAAUCUUGAUGAUAUUCCUCUACCCAUUGAUGAUCAUGGUUGUUAUGAGACUUUUUCACUUGAUCUUGAAGAAAUUCCUCUUCCAGAGACUAAGUCUGAGAAUCAACUCAUUAUUAAUGAUUUUAAGGAGCUUGAGAAUGUUUCAAAACACACAAAUAAGACUGAAGAUCAAUCAACUGAUGUUACUUCUCCAGAAGAUGUGGAACACAAUAAUCAGAAUUCAGAUCAAAAAACCAACCCAGCGUUUAAACCUCUGGGGAAGUUAAUAGAGAGCAUAUCACUGCAAAGUCUUGAAAGGUUAAAGGUUAUGAAUAAUAUUGCAAUCGAGGAAGACUACUUCGUCCUUCUGUCUCCUAUUCGAACUUUCUCGCACAAACCCUUUUGGCGCCAUGUCAGCAUGACAACCUAUGUCGCUAAUAGUGAAAAAUAUUGGGCUCAUAAAAAGAGAGAGAGGAAAGUGGCGAAGCAAAAACUAAAGAGAAAGGCAAGACAAAUUGAAAGGGACAAGAAACUGGUUGGGAAAGUGAGCAAAACGCAGAAAAUGCCGACUCCCAGUCAAAAGAAAGUAGGGUUAUCUCUUGCAACUCUUGAUGAUUUGGCUUCCAAAAAACAAAUCUUCUCUGAUAACACAGAACAGGAUUUAAUAAUCUCAUUUCAAGAUAAUCCACAAAUCCUUGAGAUCCCAACUCAAGAUAAACCCCAAAUCCCUGAGAUCUCAACUCAAGAUAAUCCACAAAUUUCUGAGAAAAAGGUCAGUGCUAAGGAAAUAGACUGUACCAAGAAAAAGAUUAGUGCUAAGGAAAGAAAAGCUGCUAAGAAACAGAAUGAUGCUAAGAACAAGAAUGGUGCCAAAAACAAAAACAGUUUCAAAAACAAAAAUGGUGGCAAGAACAAGAACAGUCCCAAGAAGAAGUCCCAGAAAACAAAGAAGAAGAAAGGCGGCAAAGAGAAAUUAUGUAGUCACAAAUCCUGUCGACCUCUAAAGAACACUGGUUGUUUUUUCUCUGCCCCUCUGCUCCCUCAUCCACCAUUAUCUCCUCCACAUUUUCCUGACAGAUUUCAUGGGGAAAAAUCUUUUCCUAACAAUUUUCAUGGAAACAAUUCUUUUCCUAACAAUUUCCAUGGAAAACUUUUUUUUCCCAACAAUGUCCAGAAAAACAAAACUUUUCCUAACAAUUUCUAUGGAAACAAUACUGUUCCUGACAAUUUUCAUGGAAAUAAUACCUUUCCUAACAAUUUUAAUUUAAGGGAUACUUUUCCUAACAAUUUUUUUGGGAAUGAUACAUCUACGAACAAUUUUCAAGAAAACAAUACUGUCCCUCAUAGCUUCCAUAAAAACAAUACUUUUCUAGAUUAUUCGGUUCCUUCUGGAUUUCCAUGCAACCCCUUGGAUGCAAACAGCUCAAAUAAUUCAAUAUCUGGGAAUCCUGAAUAUCAAUUUCACCAAGGAAGUCGAGAAAAUGAAAUUGAUCCAAAUCUAAAGGAAGGCAUUGAGAAUCAUGGAGACAAUAGAUCAGAGAGGAAAAGCUUGGAGAACCCAUUGAAUCCAAAAGAAAACAUUGAACAGAGUACUCCAAGAGAGAAUGUUGAAUCUAUGACUAAGGUACAGGAACAAUCCAUGAGAAUUAACUUGAUAAAGGAGAGGAUAGAGAAGAUGAAACAUAUGAGCUUAGAGGAGAGAUUGCAUUUAGGAAAAAAGUGGAAACAAUCAACUAUAGGGGGAGGAAUGGAGCCAGAAUGGAUUAACUCUUUUCAAAAUGGAGAUAAUGGAGUGGAGUCAAGAUUUUUGGGGAGAGAGACCUCUGAAUGGAAUGCAAAUCCCUUUCAAGAGGAAUUGGAAUGGAAUAGAAAUGUGCCAUUAAUAGAUGAGUGCUUUGGAGAGAACAGUGAUAAACCUUUGAGACAAGAAAUGAGUGAACCCCUGAGGGAGAAAUGGAGAGUGUUGAAGAAAAGAAUUGGAAUGGAGCUAGCACUAAUAAGCAGUGAAGAUGUUGACCUAAACCGAGGGGAUCAAGAAGAACCCGUAAAAGUUGGUCGCAGAAAUAGGAACAGGAUUUCAAAGCAAGACAAACGGAAUCUGAUAGAAGAAAAACGUAAGGAGUUUCUAAGAGAACUCAGAUUAAACGGACAGGAGAUCAGCAAUGAAAACAAGAGGAAGCAAAGAAGUAAAGAGUCAGAUUCAAAAAGAGGGUUUGACAUAGGACCAAGACUAGAUGAUGUUGAGUUUAGGGAAAGAUUUGAAAAAUACUUGAGAAGAAGUAACGAAACAGUAUCAAGCAGAAGUUAUGAAUUUGGCAAUGAGUCAAGGCAAGGAGUUGACAUUGAUUUGAGGGAAAGAUUAGAAAUGCAGUCUAUGAGAAGAUCUGAUACAGAAUCAAACAGAAAAUUUGAUAGUGAGACAAAGAGAGGAUCUGACAUAGGCUCAAGCAGAGAAUUUAGAUGGGAGUCGAGGAGAUCAUCUGAUAGGGAGUCAACGAGAUCAUCUGAUAGGAAGUCAAGAAGGAGAAUUGGAUGGGAGUCAAGGAAAUCAUCUGAUAGGGAGUCAAGCAGAAGAUUUGGAUGGGAGUCAAGGAAAUCCUCUGAUAGGGAGUCAAGGAGGAGAUUUGAAUGUGAUUCAAGGAGAUCAUCUGAAAGGGAGUUAAGCAGAGGAUUUGGAAGGGGGUCGAGGAGAUUGUCUGAAAGGGAGUUAAGCAGAGGAUUUGGAAGAGGGUCAAGGAGAUCAUCUGAAAGGGAGUUAAGCAGAGGUUUUGGAAGGGGGUCGAGAAGAUUAUCUGAUAGGGAGCCAAGACAAGGAUCUCAAAUAGAGCCUAAGUUAGGAUUUGGAACUGAGUCCAGAUUAGGAUUUGACAUAGAUUUGAGGGCAAGGUUGGAUACAAAGUCUAGAAGUGGAUCUGAAAGGGAGUCUAGAAGAGGAUUUGGUAAGGAGUCAAAGAGAGGAUUCGAUGCGGAGUUGAGCAUGAGCAGUGGAUUUGAUAUGGAGCCAAACAGUGGACUUGGUAGGGGGUCAAGGAGAGGAUUUAAUAUAGAGUCAAUUAGAGGAUUCGAUAUUGAGGCACGGAGUGGUUCUGAUAUUGAGUUAAGGAGAGGGUUUGAACAUAACCCAAGACCGGAUGUUGAUAUUUCUCCCUGGAGUGGUUUUGAGUCCCAAAGAUUUUGCGGAGGAUUAACCUCAGGAGUUGAAGAAAUGAACCCCUUUACAAAUAGGAGAAUGAGUUCUUUUUCAGUGGACCGGGAACAUGACAGGGAUAAUUACCUUGACACUGGGAGAGGUUUUUCUCCUGGACAAGUGUGGGACUUCCCUGGUCCUAGAGGACAACAACAUUCUUUCCCCGAUGAAGUCCGUUUUAAUAACUAUUGUCAAGAUCCGUGGGAGAGAUACUAGUUUACAUGAUAAAGCUGAAAUGUUGGGCACCUUCCAAUGGAAAUUUCCAUAUUUACUUUAUCUAAAAAAUGAAUUUAUGGUGAACGCUUUCCAGUUACAAUUUAAGUUUUAAUCACCAUCACUUUUAAAGAAGUCUUCGAAAAUCAUUUUCUACAAAAAUUUACAUGUGUCGGUAAAUAACUUGGAAAACUGCCUUUGGGAAGUUAUCUUUCAUCAGAAUAAAAGGGAAUGAAGGGGUAACUUUAAACUACCUUAAAUUUAUAGAAUAGCGUGCUCUGUUCACAAUGGUAGCUUCUGAACUUUUGUCUGAUCAACUUGAAUGAGAUAUCCUUGUUUUCCUUACUGAUAAGUUUUUCUUUUAUCCAAGACAAACUUUUUGUUUCAGAAAAGGGACAUAUUUCACAUUGUUACUCAAGAAAAUAAAUAUCGUUGUGAGUUUGACAAAAAAAUAUGAAUGGAUACUGUUGUGAAUCGGACAUGGUACUCUUCAAAUUGAAUGUCACUUAACAUUACGCCUAAGGUCACUUUUAAGCCAAUCCAAAUGUGAUAUUUAAAAAAACUAUUCUAAAUGUUUAAAAUUUUGCUAAGUUUGGCAAUACAUAUAUUUAUUUUAUUAUUUUCAGACUGGAAAUAAUGAGACGAAUAAAACUACCUUGAUUGACUAACUUUACGAUCAGAUGAUAUUGCAAUAAAAGCUUAUGAGUUUAAACCACUGGAUAAGCAUCUCAACCUUAGUGAGCCAUUGUAUUCCGCUAAAAAACCUUGCCUCAUCCUCAAUGAAAGGUUGCUGUCUGAAUAUGACACUAGGCAAUGUUUAUUUACUUCCCACAAGUUCCCAUUUCCAUCAUCUACAAUACAAGACAUAAAAGUGGACAGAGGAUUUAGUCUGACAGAUUUAGUUCCAAAGCCUAUAAGUUUCUUAAAGUGAUCAAACUGAUAAAUCUAAAA